AUGGAUAUUUUAAUGAACUUGAGGGAUGAAGCGUACACGAGAGUUGUGGACGAACUUUCUGACAUGAUUACCAGCGGCGAGACCAUAAGAAAUGAAGAGGAAAAGAUCCGGCGAUUCUCCGAGCAAAUGAUCUACGUCAAGGAGAUCAUCAUAAAGCUUCAAUCGCAGCAAUCGGGAGGCCAGUUUACCUGUAGUUUCACUACAGCCAACUUGCUCCGCAGGAUUGAGAUUGCGGUCAACAAUGCUCGAGAAACCAUCGAGGGAUACAAAUCCAAAAGCUCACUCUUACGCUUACUAUUAUGCCGCUCUAUCAUCUCCAUACUAAACCAGUCAUACAAGGAAAUCGUCGACGUUCUCAGCCUCCUUCCCUCAACUGACAUCGGCAUCUCUCUCAACAUUUACUCUAAUCUCGACGCCAUCAUACAUAGCUUAAAGUCCAUAGAGCAUAAGCUUGAGGAAAACACUAAGACCAUCCAGUCUAGGCUCGAUCUGUACAUCUCUGAGUACAGCGAUCCCUCUUUGCUGCCAUUGAUCGAAGCCAAGGAAGUGAAGAUCGGUGAACCGAUUAACGAGGCAAACCAGUUCACCAAAAUGCUAGAGUGCUUUUCUUCAGAGAUGGAACCCCCAAUCCAAAGGGAAAAGAGUACCGUUGAUGAAAUUGUGAACCUUCCAAACAUCUUCUUUUACUGUCCCUUUGCUCUAAAGCUUCUAGAGGAUCCCGUCAAUGUCUCCUGCAAACACAGCUAUGAGAGAAAAGCAGUUGAAGAUUACUUCCGCUCAGGACAUAAAAUUUGUCUCCUUUGCAACAAGGAAUUAAUGUUUUCAUUCUCGGGGAAGCUGGAGCUCACACCGAACCCUACGCUCCUCAAUAUCAUAUCAGAGUGGAAGCAGAGGAACGUGCUUAUCAAUGCUGAGAAGAACGCUAAGAAGAAGCUAAGAGAUGCAGCAGAAAGAAUCAAUUUUGAUAAUAUGGAGUCGACAAAUCAAGCCCUGGAAGAACUUAAGGCUGUGAUGAAUGAAAUGUCCAGCUGCAUUAGUGAGGCUACCGACAGCUUCUGCAAGCUUGUUCAAAAGCUGGCGGAGCUCUUGAAGAAAAGCGCAGGCACAGGAAACGCCGGUUUGGUGUUAUGGUGCCUCUUGUUCAUCAUAUGUUUUUCGCAGGAAAACAAAAUUGAUAUCAAAACAGAUGAUGUAAGAGUUGAACAAGUUACAGGCUUUCUUCUUUUGGGAUAUGGCAUGGAGCUUCUGUCACCAACUAAGUUAGUAGUUGCAGGCACAACCUCUGCUAGAAUUCUGGAGUGCUUUGAUGAUUGGAAUACUGCAGUUGUUACAGAAAGAUUUAUUUGA